AGGUUUAUGCUUUUCUUGCUGAUAGCAGGAAAGAAAGCAUUACUUGAUGGUGGAAUUACAGAUGAUGUGAUGGGUGGAUUGGACAAGACGAGGUGUGGAAUUUUGAUUGACUCUGCUAUGGGUGGAAUGAAGAUUUUCAGUGAUGCAAUAGAAGCCUUGCAGAUCUCCUACAAGAAGAUGAACCCCUUCUGUGUACCAUUUUCGGUUACAAACAUGGGUUCUGCCAUUCUCUCUAUUGAUUUGGGCUGGAUGGGUCCAAACGAUUCAAUAUCGACUGCAUGUGCAACGGGUAACUUUUGCAUUGUGAAUGCUGCGAACCACAUCAUAAAAGGUGACGCACUGACGCUGAUGUGAUGCUUUGUGGUGGAUCUGAUUCUGCAAUUACACCAACUGGAGUGGGUGGAUUUAUUGCUUGCAAAGCACUUUCUCGGAGAAAUAAUGAUCCUACUAGAGCUUCACGACCUUGGGAAAAUGCAAUUCGGACAGGGUGGAUUCAUCCAAAUAUCAAUCUUGAUAACCCGGAUGAAGGGGUGGACACAAAGUUUCUUGUGGGCUCUAAAAAGGAGAAACUGGAUAUUAAGGUAGCUUUGUCUAAUUCAUUUGGAUUUGGUGGCCAAAACUCAUCCAUUUUGUUUGCACCAUACAAGUAAACAAUUUUUUUGGGGGAAGAUUGACUCAUCUACUAAAGCUGAAAAAGGUUCAUACAGAUUAAUUGGUUUCAAAUUACAAGUAACUGUGGAUACAAUAGUUGCCUUUCAAGAGGAAUGCAUCAAUCCAACAUUUUGUGUACAAUUUUGUUCACUUAGGAUUAAGUUUUGCCUAAUUUAUUUUACCUGUUUAUGAUUUCAAAAGAUUGAGACCAUAGUUUGUUUGGGUUGCUCCAAAGUCACUUUUGUAAAUAUUACUUUUUGGCUAUGCUUUUCAUAUCUUGAAAAUAAGCAUUGUAAAUCAAUUUUGUGCUCUAUUAGUUUACAGGCUUGAAUAUAGAACGAUAGCUAUCUACUUAACUGAAGAUCGCACUCAUUGAUUAUUACUAUAGUCCUUUGAUC